CUAAUUGGCCCAAACCCACCCUUUCACACAUAAUCUACUACUAAGUGCUUUCCCCCCCCUCCCAACUUAAACACUCCCUCCCAGCCAAGCCAUGUCCGAAAGAGGCUCGUUCCGUGGAGGUGGUCGCGGCCGCGGCGGAGGCUAUGAGCGGUCUGGCGGUCGUGGCGCCCACAGAGGUGGCGGUGCUGGUGGCGGUGCUCAGCAGCAGCAGCAGCAGGAGAAGCCCAAGAAAGAAAACAUCCUCGAUCUGAACAAGUACAUGGACAAGGAGGUGCGCGUCAAGUUCAAUGGCGGUCGUGAGGUUGUUGGUCUGCUCAAGGGAUACGACCAGCUCAUGAACCUGGUCCUGGACGAUGUCAAGGAAUCCAUGCGCGAUGACGAGGGCAAUGAGAACACUCGCUCGCUGGGUCUCGUCGUGGCCCGUGGCACCAUCAUCGUCCUGAUCUCGCCCGCCGACGGCAGCGAGGAGAUUGCCAACCCCUUCGUCCAACCCGAAGAGUAAUCACGUGCUCUGAGGCCGAUAUCAGAGCAACUUGGCGGUUUGUUGGUGCCUGAUGCGGUGUUUCCUUGGAGUGACCAGCCAUGUGCAUGCCCCGCACAAUUGACGACAAUGGUUGCAGCACUCGUCCGCCUCACGUCCUG